CCCUUAAGACACGUGAAGAUUGGUAUGUGUGUAUAAAGUUGUUAGUUCAGUUUUCAUGUGUUUUUAAACCAUAAUAUAUAAAGUAUGGGAACCCUAACGUGUGGUCUGGUGUCAUUUAUACGACUACCUAUGAUUAACAUAUAUAGAAGGAUUGAAACUACUCGUUUUAUUCCGGUAUUGAGUGGACAAGUACAUAACAAUAAAAACGAACAUGUCAAUAAAGAGGAUGUUCCAAUUAUACGUUUCCCAGUUGCACUCAAACGUAAAAUCAACAAAAGAAAUAUUAAACAACAGAAAAGGAGCAGAAAGGGGGUAUCUCUUCUCAAACUUGCCAAACCUGGUAAGCUUCUAAUCUCAUCCAGUGACAAAGAUACUUCCAUGUACACCAAUGAAUUUAUCACAAAGUUUCAACCCCCUGUGUUAUCCAGCAGCACAUGGACGAGCCAUAGAAGUCCAGGGAGGUCGUUUAAGAUUCAUUCAAAUAUGGAGAAUCCAUCUUUUAAAGAAGAGUUCUCAAGUUUCAACGACCUUUUACUUGACACUGAAAUAUUACAAGCCCUUCGCCUAAAUGGGCUGGACAGACCUACUGUUAUUCAAGCCAAGAGUAUUCCAUCAAUACUUAAAGGUAACAACGUGAUGUUCGCUGCGGAGACAGGAAGUGGAAAAACAUUUGCUUAUCUUCUUCCUAUAAUACAUAAGUUGAUGCGAUCAAAGGCAGAGGGAGGUGGUGAUCAAGUAUUCGUUUCACCAAAAGCUCUUAUUCUUACUCCAACUAAAGAACUUUCACAGCAAGUUCUGAGGAUGGCAUUGUCAUUGAAACUUCCAAUACAAGUGGCAAGCACGGAAUCUAUUGGAAAGACUGACUUCAAUGUUGAUCUAAUGGUGUCCACACCCGUGCCUCUUAUUAAUUCAUUGAAACGAAGAAAGUUUGAACUCGGUAACAUAGAGUUUGUGGUGUUGGAUGAAUGCGACACCUUACUGGAUGACAGCUUUGCCAAUAAGAUGCAACAUAUAUUGUCAAGAUUUAAUAUCACAUCGGGUAAGAAGUCACCAAUCUUAAGCCCACAGAGCGCACAGUUGAUUCUAUGCAGUGCUACCUUCCCUUCUUAUGCAAGUGAUGCCUUGGACGAUAUUAUAUCGAUGGAAGAAAUCGACUGCAUUAAAAGUGGAUACCUACACCGAGUCUCACCCCAUGUUACUCAUAACUUUAUGAGGGUGAAGCCAUCAGAGAAAAUAAGUGAAAUGGUUGCUCUGUUGAACAAGCCAGACCGUGGGCCAGUGAUGGUGUUCUGUAACACCAGGCAUAGUGUGAGACAAGUUAUAAAAGGCUUGCAUGAAAAUGGGAUUGCUGCUCUUUCUGUUAAUGGUAGUAUGCACACUAAAGAUCGUUAUUCCACCUUACAACAAUUCCAGGCUGGUACAGAUGAUGUUUUAGUUUCAACCGACGUUGCUUCAAGGGGAUUAGAUACUAAGCAGGUAAAGCAUGUUAUCAACUAUGAGGUCCCGUCUAAUGUUUCCGAUUAUAUUCACCGAUGUGGUAGAGUGGGCCGUGUUGGUCAAACACAUGCAGGAGUUGUAACUAGUUUGGUGUCAAGAAAGUGGGAGGUGCCGGUUGUAAUGAAAAUUGAGGAGGCUGCAAGGAGACGGGAUGUAAUAUCAGGGGUGAGUGCAAAUAUCAAGGGAGCCCAUGAACAUAGGUGGGCACAAGCUAAACUGGAGCAAGAUAUAGCUGAGGAAAUACAUGAUGCGUACUAAAUAAGGAGAUGCAUCUGACCAUUAUCCACCCGUGGUAUUAGGCGCUUUUUUAUUAACAAAAUUAAAAAUGGCAGCAAUUCACUUAAUUCAGUGGAAAUAUUGCUCAAAGUUCAA